AACACAGCAUGCAAAGAAUUCAAUGGCCUCCAAUCCAGACACAAAUCAAGUCAAAUGUUUCAAAUGUAAAAAGCCAGCUGACUUUGUAUGUGAGACUUGUGAGGGAAAAUUCUGUAAUAAAUGUCAAAAACAACACAUAAAAUCCAAGUCAAAAAAGAAUCACCAAGUUUCUCCAUUAUCUGAGCGGAAUACACCUGACAAAGAUGAUACAUGUACCGAGCACCCCUCCAUCAAGUAUGAUAUGUGUUGUAAAGACUGUGAAGUUCCAGUGUGUGUUAAAUGUAUCACAGAAAACCAUGUGGGACAUGUGUUUGUUGAAAGAGACACCUUGUACAAUUUAAAGAGAGAAACAAUAGUGUCCCACAUAUCAACCCUGAAGAAUAAACUUGUCCCAAAAUGUAAAGAUCUGCAUAAUGAGGUUCUGGAAAACAUUACUAAAUGCAAGCAAGUUAUGGCCAACAUGAGAAUUGGCGUAGAAGAAAAGGCUCGAGAGAUCAAAGAUAUGGUUGAUGCAGUGUUGAAGAAGAAUAUGUCAAUGCUGGAAAGGAUGGAAAUUUCAUUGCUGCAGAAACUUCUGCUGGAGGAAAGAGUGAUCAGUGAUCAACUAACUUCUAUGACAGAUAUGUUGGAUGAGUUGGAACAUAAACUGGAGACCAGUUCCCCAACCCAGUUGAUAAUGACACGUUCUAAGUUGACCAUGAGAGAGGAGGACAUCCCACACCCCAACAGAAUUGCAUUUCCAGAGUACCACAAGAAGUCUGUAACAGAGGAUAAGAUUUCCAAACUUUUUGGAGAGAUCAUCGAUUCCCCUGAUGCUACAGAAGUGCCAGUGACUCCUGUCACAAAUUUAGAGAAUCUAUACAAUAAUAUGACAUUUUCAGUAAGAAAAGUAAUUGGCAUGACACCUCCUGAAAUCCAAUAUGGGCGACAUAUCAGCUGCAUGAAAGAUGGCCGUGCAUGGGUGAGUGAUCGGUCAAGCCAUAUGAUUUUAUUGGAUAUUCAUGGAAAGACUCUAGAUGAACUGUCACUGAAGAGUAAAGGGGAUGGCUACCACUGUGCCACAAUUAACAACAAUCUACUCUAUAUUGACAAAGGAAUGAAAAGGGUUAAUAGAUUUCUCCCACAGGAAAAGAAAGUAGAAAGCCUUUUUGCCACUCCUCAACACUGGGCUUCCAUCAGUAUCCACUCCUCUUGGAUCAAUCAAGACAUUCUGAUUGGUAUGUACACCAAACAGGAAGCAAAAAUUGUUCGCUUCAACAGCACAGGAAAAGAGCUGGAUCAGAUUCAGAAAAACCACAAAACAGGAGAAAAUCUUUUUUGCUACCCCCACUACAUAACAGAAAGUCCAAGUGGUGACAUCUGCACAUCUGACUUUGAGAAAUUCUCAGUCGUUGCGGUUAACAGUGAAGGCCAACACAAAUUUACCUACAAAGGGUCCAAGAAAAACCAAUUUUUCCCUCAUGGAAUUUGUACUGACAAUGUAGGAAAUAUCCUUGUUUGUGAUAACCAGUGCCAAUACAGGAUCCAUAUGUUAAACCCAGAUGGAGUUUUCUUGCGUUUCCUCUUGUCGAAGGAAGAUGGUAUUCUUGAGCCCUUAGGUUUAUGUCUGGAUGACAGUUAUAAUCUCUGGCUAGGUCAAAGAGGAAAUGAAUCUGUGACUGUAUUCAAAUAUAAACAGCAGGAAAAUGAAAAUCUGUACAUGUAAAUAUCAUACAUAGGGUAGAAGAAAAAUGUUUAAGUAAGUCGACGUCCCGUCUUUCAAAAAUUCAUACAAAAUUGGUAAAAAUUCCCCAGAAGUUUUCAGCCAUCACUAAUAAGUUCAA